AUGGCGGCUGGUUGCCGAAAGCCUCGGGUGGUAUUUUCGUACGUUAGUAUAGAUGACGAGAACGACCUACUGCUCGAGCCUUAUCUCCGGGGCCUCUUUGUGAACGGCGAGUCCUGCAAGGUGCUCAGGGAGUGCGCCGCUACGCUGGCCGUCGUGCACCCAUCGCUCGUGCAAGCGGACCACUACACUGGACCCUGGGGGAUUCCAUUACUUGGGAGCUUGGCUUUCCUAGGAGGGGAUUUUUAUUCCAAGGAGUGCGUUGACUGGACCAAGAAGUACGGACCCGUUUUUAGAAUCAAACUAGGUGUGAAAAGCAUCGUCUUGGUCAACGACUUUGAAUUAAUAAAAGAAGCGCUCUGCAGGACGGAGUGUCUUUCCCGUCCGCGGAGCUGGAUAUUCAAGAACGUCGGUGGAAUCGCCUCCCUGAACAGUAAACCUUGGCAGGAAAACCGCCGGUUCUGCAACAAGAUGCUGCGUGAACUUACUCAUGGAAAGAAAUCUAUGUUGGGACAUAUUGAGGAAGAAUUUCAAUACCUUCGAGACAAAGUUGCAGAAGCAAGAGGACAACCCAUUGUACUACGGCGCACUCUCCUUCACAGCGUGUCCAACAACAUUGCAACGCUCCUACUUGGUAGCCGUUACCAGCUUAACGACCCAAAGCAAAAACAAUUGGAAAAACUUCUCAUGACGUUUGAAAUUUUAUUCACUAAAGUACCCCAAGUGGAGCCACUACCCAAGUUUCUCGGUUUUAUAUCACGAUUUGCCUUCGACCUUGCGGGCGGAAUUUGUGGAGGUCAAUUUGUGAAGCAGCUCUUCGAGUUCUUUGGCCAUGAAGUCGACCGCCGUUUGGAGACGACAGAGGCGAAUGUAAAAAGACACUUCAUUGAUGGUUACCUUGCUAUGAUAAAGAAGCAUGCUACGACGCCCGAUCUUAAAUUCAGCACUCACGCCCUUCGAGGCCACGUGAUUGAUUUAUUGCUGGCCGGGUCGAGUUCCGUGGCCAUCACCAUGCUGUGCAUACUGCUGCACUGCGCCGACAACCCGUCCACCAUUCAAGCCAGGAUCCAGAGAGAGAUUGACGACGUUGUCGGCUGUGACCGCAGCCCGACUUGGGAAGACCACCUCUUGAUGCCAUACACCAUGGCCGUCAUAUGGGAGAUGACCCGCUGGAAAACCCUCAACAGGCUAAACCUACCCAGAGAAGCCGAGGAGGAUUUCAUCCUGAACGGAUUCCUGAUCCCCAAGGGAACCAUCGUCAUAGCCAAUCUAUGGGCCGCUCACAUGGAUCCCAAGUACUGGAAGAAUCCCGAAAAAUUCGACCCCUCCCGGUUUUUGACUCAAGAUGGUUCCGCACUACUUCCAAAACCAGAAUGCCUCAUCCCCUUUUCAGCCGGAAAGCGGAUGUGUCCCGGGGAGUUUGUGGCCACCGCCCAAAUAUUUCUUUGCAUCACCACACUGCUCCAGGAAUUCCGCGUCGAGUCCGGGGACGGGUCAAGCUUCUGCGUAGCCUCGAACAAUUUUCCAGUUCUUUUGUCGAAGGGACUGUGCUUCCAGUCCCGCAUUUCGGAGUGA